CACGUCAAAGCGCUCAGACCGGAGAGGAGGCAGCGAGCUGAGGAUGGAGCCGCUCGGCGUGCACACCUGCCUCGGACGGAAGCUUCACACCAAGACCAAUGCGGUUCAAGAAAUUGUACAAUCACCAGAAAUCGUCUAAAAAGUAGUUCCGGGGACUUACAUUUUGGAGAUUCUGUCCUCACUUGAGACUGGACGCCCGCUGAAAAAUGUGUUUCUGCAUCGAGGCUGCAGCUUGUGCAGGAACCUGACGUAUUUAAACAGCUGCGCAAGAGAAAGAGCGAACGGGCGAGUAAGGUGAGUCCUCAUCAGUCAACUCACUCGAACAAUGUUCUCAAUUCGCUCCGAAAAAAGUCUCAAGUGUGGGUUUUCACAAGCAACCGACUGAACAGUGUGUCCCACGCCAACUGAAACAAUGCAGAAUCAGACGAGCAAACGUGCAGAGGAAACAUCGCAGCAACAGGAUAUGAAACUUGCCUGCCCCAAAUUGUGGCUCUUCAUCUUCUUGUGUAGGUGUUGUCAUGCUCUGAUUAGAUUAUUGUAUGAAUGUGACAGUCUGCGCGCAGACAAAGCCGCCGCACGCCGCCGGUACUCGGCGUAAUCGCUGCAGACCGGAGACUGAGGCAACAACUACUGUCAGCAACCACCUUUCAUUUCAGUGGGAGAUAAAAGCCCCCGAUGUGACUGUACACCGGUCUGAUCCCGCUCCCUCACCCCCCCUCUCCAGCACUCUCCAGCACCGCUGUCUGAUUCUCUCCACUGUAAUUAGAGACUUGGCACUGGUACAUCACGACGGGAGCAGCGUUACCAUGGAGACUGGCAAGCCGGGAUUGGCGAGCGCUCCCAUGCACAUCAGCUCAGUCGCAGCACAGGCGGAGAGCAGGAUGGACGUGCAGGCCCCUCUGACGGCGGUUUACAUCCACACGCUGCCGGCUCUGCCGGCUCAGCCUUACCGCCAGCCUCCGGCGGCCGUCCGCGAGCCGGCCACGCUCCAUCUGGCCGCUCCUCCGCUCUACUCCAAGGAGGCGAUCCCGUUCCUGACGCUCCACUUCGCCGGCGAGCUGCAGCCUCAGCCCGGGCUGAGCACCGCCGCCGCCGCUCCCUCGGCCAGGCUGAAGUCUGUGGGGAAACACGUGUGUCCUCACUGCGGACGGGACUGCAUGAAGCCCAGCGUGCUGGAGAAGCACCUCCGCUGCCACACCGGCGAGCGGCCGUACCCCUGCACCACCUGUGGAGUUUCCUUUAAGACUCAGAGCAACCUUUACAAACACCGGCGCACUCAGGCUCACGCACGCCUCUCGUCUGAGUCCGAACAGAGCAGCGUGGGCAGCCUGGACAGCAGCUCCAGAGAGGCUGGAGCCUCCAGCUGGUCUCUGGACGAGCAUGGUGAAGAGUCAGGCUGCAUGGACCGGGAUCCAGGGUUACCUGCGACGGACAACAUGAGUACAAAGAGUAUCACAAAGAUUUACCCACAAGCCUCUGUGAGUGAACAAAGUCGUCCAAACCUCAGCGGUCACAACAAAGAACAGAAUGAACUCAAAAACACACUGAAGGCAGAUGAAAUGCACAGUGUGGGCAGUGGUAAACCCGCUCUGAGCGUGGGCCGACACCUCACCCUGCAGAGACAGGAGGCCACACUGUUCUCCAAGCAGUGGGAAAGCUCCUUAUCCAGAGGGAAGUCCCAGAGCCAUGAGAGCACCGACUCCGGCUUCAGCGAGAGCAGCGAUCACUACCUGAGUCCCAGCAGCGUCUUACCUGAACAGAGCCAGGAUUCCCUCUCUGAACCCACCAAGGAGACCCCCGAAGCGACCACCUGUGCUGAAACAGGCUCCGGUGGGCCAGAGCCCAAAGACGCUGUGAGGAAGCAGGAGCAGAAAACUCUGGAGGAGCGCAUCUCCAAGCUGAUUUCAGAAAACACAGCUGUGGUGGAAGACAAACAGCUGGAGAACGUCAGACCUCGAAAGACUGUUCUGUCAAAGCAGGGCAGCAUCGACCUGCCCAUGCCGUACACCUAUAAGGACUCCUUUCACUUCGAGAUGAGGAGCAGUCAGACGUCCGGCUCAAACUUCAACAGGAAGCCAGCUCUGUACAGUUCCGUGCCCACCCAGCGCUCCUCCACCGUGGAGCAUGCCCCCCUGACCCGCAGCAACUCCCUGCCCUUCAGCGUUACCCUCCUGCAGCCCGAGAGCAGCAGCCCGGCCCCGUCCCGUAACAGCGAUUUUGUAACGCUCGUCCGGAGGGGAAGCUCGGGUCAGAUCAACCCAGCGGCUUUCACAGUGAGGCCCAUGAACCAGCACUCGUCCGCCCACCGCCCACUGGUCCGGCAGACAGCCGUAGAUUGCAACCACGCAGCAGACGGUCUCCUCCCGAAUUCAUCUGUGGAGGAGGCGAGCGGCAGCUUCAGCGGUGACAUGGACAGUGCUGACAUUUGUGGAGAGCCAAGCAACCGAAAGUUCCGGAGGAAGAAAGCACAGAAGUUUGCUUAUAACAAGUGGUACAUGUAUGGGGGGGGGACGUUUAAAAAGCUCUACAGUCCCGAGAAAAGUAGUGAAAACAGCGGAAUCAAAGGCAGGAAAUGCUCUACGAACCCAGAGCACGAUGGUCUGAAGAGGCUGACCACAGGACAGAAGGAAACAGUGACAGUAUGUGGUUCUGCUGGGAACUUCUCUCACAGCGGCUCUCCUCCGGGCCACCUGGACCCCCCCGCUGCUGCUUUACCCCCCGUCUCUGCUCUGGACCUGAAUCGACAAACGAGGACUGUCAUGGCUCCCCUGAGGAGGAACCUGUCUCUGUCAGUUCUUCCUUCACUGUCCACCGGACCAGCUGUCAGCCUCAGAGCAGACGGUGGGACCAGGACAGAGGCAGGUGACGGGACUGAUGAGGGGAAGCACAGCGGCUCAGCCUCACAGCUUCCUGGUCCUCACAUUCCCUCCAACAGGAAGAAGCAGAGGACCGACUGUAAAAUCACCUGCGCUCUGGAGCUGGACGCCAGUCCAGUCUCAGGGACUUACCCCGCCCCCUCCGUCCCUGCCGUUACGCCGCAGCAGGGCACGAACGUCACUUACAUCAACCUCAACGGGACUCCCAGCCACAGCCGACUGGAAGCAGCCCCCUUCCCUCUCGGCAGGGUGUCCGGGACGAGCGCCUCGCCGGCCGUGUCCGUCACGUCUCCAGCGAAGAGCAGCUUCCUGCCCAAGUACCAGCUCAAGCUGCCGAGCGCCGCGGAGGCCGCGUCCACCCCUCCCCCUCCUCCUCAGGAUAAAUGCACCGCAGAUUUCACCUCCACAGCGUCUGCUGCUCAGAGCGAGGCAGCUCCAGUCACCACAUGUGCGCCGAGCGGCGGCGAGUCUGCUGCUGCCUCGCCGGUGACGACGACGCACCAUCAGCUCCUCCUGCCGCGCAGAGUCACCGCCCUCUGCCACAAUCUGACAUCGAGUCUCGCCGUGACUCACAGGCAGUUCGCUUCAGCCACGAAAACCACCAGCUGCCUCCAGGACCAUCAGGCGGGGCUGUGCAGAGCAGGCCCGGGGCUCCCCUUAACGUCUGCCGCUGCGACAGCUUUCUCACAUCUGCCGUACCUCAGCCCAAACCCCGCUUCACCACAGCUCCCGGCGGCGUCCCACGGUCUGAGUUCUGCCGGUCCGGACGCUGCGGUGGCGCCGUGCCACGCCGUGCCCCUGGACCAGGUGCAGCCCGCUCCCCAGAGCGUGUUUCACGUCCAGACGGCAGACCUCCAGAUCUGCCUGCAGAUCAUUUCUGAUGAGCAGCUGGCCCUCAUCGAGCCGCAGAUCGAACGCCCGUCAGGUCCGGGCCUUUCACAGGAACUCGCAGACAGUGUUCAGAAUAGAGUCCAGAGUUCCGCCGCUGCCGACAGCACCGUCGACACAAGGCCCGGACAGAAGCAGAUGGACCAAAGUGAGCGUUUGCUGAGAAAAACUCCUCCGCUGUCUGCUCGUUUUGGGAAGCCGAGCCUCCAUCUGGCUGAAGGCAGCGUCUCCAGCCAGGCUCCGGUCCCGGCAGCGCCGUCCAUUUCCCCCGAAGCUCUCCGCCCGCUGCUACACCCACACGGCUACGCUCUGGUAAACAUGGAGCCUCGGGGCUCAGCGGGCGGUCUCAUGUCCGCUCACGCUUCGUCCGGAGGUGUGAAGUCGGAGAGGAGCCAGACUUCAGAGGAGGCACAGGCUUCUCUUUCUGUCAGCUGCCGCUCUGAUGAGCGAGUUCAGCACGAGGCCGGUGGAUCGGCCUCCUGCCAGCACAGGCUACACGUGAGCUCUCCGUCUCAGAAAAACCUAGAAACUGAACGGCUGGACGAAGGAUUCCAACAGAGACCUGAGAACGAGGGAGACUCACUGAAAGCAGCAGGUGAAGCAUGGGGGAGCGGCCGGAUGGAGGGAGGACAGAGGAUGUGUCAGGGACCAGGAGGAGCUCAGCUCUCCUCCUGCAGCCAUCAGCUGGAAGCUGCUUUCUCCGAAGCUCCAUUCAAACAGGAAGACGUGGGGCGUGGCAGAGCAGCACCUUUAAAUGAAUCGCAGGAGCUAAUGUGCUUGGUUCCCUCACAAAAAGGCCAAUUCACCUUUGAACCCUCAAACACGGAGAGGCCCAGAGACGUUCUGGACAUCCAUGCAACUACACACAACACCAACACAGGUCUCCUGGAGGGAGCCACUCCCCGGCUGAGAGAAAACAUGGACCAGGCUCUGAAGCACCACCAGGCAGACAACCUCCACCCAGGCCAGGAGGGGGGGCAGGACGCUGGGCCGGGGGGAGCGGAGACGAGUGGGGGGACGAUCACAGACAAUCCACCAGGACUAAGACAGCGAGCAGAGUCGGACUGCAGGGAGGAGGCGAUGGGCGAAGACAGAGAAGUCAUUACAAACUCCUGGCUUUCUGAGCAGCAUCUUUUGCGUCUUUCCCACACUGGCUCAGGAAUGUCUGAAUACCCUCCACAGAGCCCCAAGCAAGCCCCGAGCAGCGACACCACCCCCCCUCCAGUGCAAGAGACCCCCGACGGUCUCACACAGCAGGUCUGUGAACGCACCGCCAAACACCACCCGUCCUGUCAGUCCAGCUCCAACGCAGAGAGUCUGUCAUCAGGAGAGCAGAGUGUGUUUUCAGGGCUGGAACCCGCAGAGACUCCUGGACACCAGCUCGUUUAUGGAGACGCUCCUGUGGGGAAGUACAGCUGUGGUCAGCAGCUGCUGUCAGGAAGUCGCCUCAACACAAGCCAUCCAGCUGAUGCAGGGAGGGACAUCAGGUCGCCGCCAAAGACGCUCGCGAGUCCGGAACACGUGAGCCAGGAGUGCGGCGCUGCGUCCGAGCUGCUCCAGCUCUGCCAGCCCGUGGAGGCCCUGAGGCCGCUGCUGAGCUGCCAGGACUUCGGCCAGGACUUCAGCCGGGACAGCAGCAGCAGCGACGACGAGGGGAAGCUCAUCAUCGAGCUUUAAACCGGCACAAGCACCUUUUCUCAGGGGGCAGAAACAGACCGGCACUGGAGCUGCCGGUGUGCUCACACACUGUCCAGAUCCAAAUCCAACCACUUUCAUGAACUAUUUCCAGUUUCCCCAAAGAAAAUCAUAUAAUUACGACACUUUUUGCUUCAGAAGGCAAUCCUGAUAAUCUAUAAGCUUACACUCGCCAGACUACAAACUCAUCAGUGCUAAGCUAAAAACAUGCUAGCUCUUCGCUGUAGGAGUCUUUCAUUCGCUGCACUCAAAAAUCAGGGUGGACAUUGUCUGAAAAACCCAUAAAGACGGACUGAACUGUGAUCACUUCUCAUCUCAUCUCAUGUCAAGCAUCUCAUUUAGGGCUGCGUAUCCAAAAUUCAGGAUUCAUUUGACCUUUUUCCCUCUCAAAACAAAGAUUCCUCUCCCUGGUAUCUGUCCAGUUCUGCGAGGGCGAGCGGAGGCCAGCACAGCUUUACAAGGCAUAGAACUGAAGAAGACUUUUACUGUGAUUUUCCAUAGAAAGCAUCUGAUGUUUGAAACGUAUUUCUGAGAAUUUCACAACACAAAAAGAGCCAUGAGGUCUUUCUGAAGAUGCAAUGUUCACGUCGGAUUUGCUCCUAUUUUUCUCGAACUUUUUCAGGUUUUGUAAGAAGCUAUUUGAUCGAAUGUAAACUCUUUCUUAAUGUUUUUGUACCUUAUUGAACAUUGAAUACAUAUGGAAUUGCCAAAAAAAAAAGUGCUCUCAAAUGUCAUGAGAUGAAAAUGGGUCUACUGUAGUCCCCGGCCAUAAGACAGU